GUCAAACAGUAUAAAAAAAAUUAAACGCCUUAAAGCGCUAAGGAGUAUUUUAGCAUUUUUUAAUAAAACAACCUUAUCAAAUAAUAAAAUUCGUGAAGCACUAGUAUGGAGCAGGAGCAGCAAUUUGAUAUGACUCGUUAUUCCGUUCAGGAGCUAAUAUUUGUCUUUGAAAUGGUUAUUUUUGUGUUGGAUGGGCCACACAGGAACGAGCUUGAACCACGCCGUCGUAUCCAGCUGCUGGAAAUUGCAAGGGAUAUUCAGUUGGAAAUAAUAACACAAAUUAACACAAGAAUGAUGUCUACUAAUCAUUAUCCAGCAACUUUACCGGAACUUCCUUUACGGGUUCUUUAUGACCAGGAGAUCCACAGAGCUAAUUGCACCUGUAGCGCUGCAUUGGCAGAAAGAGUUUUUGCGCUACUUCUGCCGGAGCCAGAAACUGUGCGCCUUCAAGAGGAAGCGUCUGAGUCAGCUCUACAUGCUAACAGAGUGCACGGAGUUGUUCACGCUUUGAUUGUAGCUGGAAUUGCAUUCACUAUAUGGUGCUUUUAUUGUAUUAUAAAGUACUUUUGGUAUUUUAACUAAUUCUAUCUUGCUAAUUUACUGGGUUAAGGUGAUGGCUGUUUAAUUGUUUGAUGUUUCUGUUGUAAAACGCCGACCUAACCUUUACAUCUUUAUUGAUUUUUUAUU